UACCAUUAUUUGUUUUAUUUUCCGACAAAUAAUGCCAUUUUCUGUGAACAAAAGAACAAUUGCCACUAUAAAAAGCAAUCUCUUACUUUAAAAGGAUGACAGGUUCUUGAAUUGUCUUAGGAACUGGACACUUGAAGUCAAACCUACCCCAAGAAUUCUGCGGUGACAGUAUCCGAUAAUCGGUCCUCUUUGAAUUGCAAAAUAUGAACUGGGGCUGAACAGCAAGUUAGAUUUGACUCCGAGAAACCACAUUCAUGUCGCAUCAAACAACAGUCAAUAUGGAAGGAAAUUGUGAUUUCAAGAUGGAUUCUGGUCUACAGAUCAAGGCAGAAACUUGUGUGCCUAGUUCAUCUGAUAUGGAAGCUGUUUCAGGUGAUCUUGUAAGAACUGAAACGUGGGAUCAGAUAAAAAUGGAACCUUGUGAUAAGAUAUGCCAUUCGUCAUGUGAUGAGAUGGACUCGGUCGCACAGGAUCAAGUGAAGUUUACUUCAGGUAAUCGAACGAACUUCGAAUCACAUGAUCACAUCAAGUAUGAACCUUGUGAUGACUUGGAUUUGGAAACAUUUCAGGAGGAGUCAAUUGCAGAGGUGAUUAAACGAGAACCGACAGAUACUGAACCUUUCAGGUCAGAAUCUGAGUAUGUCGCACUCGCAGCUGGCAAAAUAAAGUCUGAGCCGGAAGAUUUCCAUUUUGGGGAAAUGAACUCUGUUAAAACAGAAAUACAAUUGACAACUUAUCCCGAAAUGCCUGAUGUGUACAUUUCUGGAGAGAUGCAAACAUUUCCAUUUAAAGGGACACCAGAAAAGUUGGUUAUAGUGUCUGACAUGUCUGAAGGAGUUCAAACCAAGGCUGAAUCUGUAUCUGACAGUCAUUUCGAUAACACUACAUGUACACCGGUAGACCUUGCUGAUGUUUCCACAAGUAGUUCUCACAAGUUAGAACCAAGAACUAUCCAGAAGCAAAGCCCAGUAGAUAAAGGAUUAUCAUUGGGGGUAGCCAAUGCCAUUCUGGUGUUCAGUUUGUCUGCUGUGCCACCUCAUCUGUUGCAGGUACCGAUGCCCUUGAUUAGUCCUGCAUGUGCGCUGUCCAGUGGAGGAACAGUCGCGAUGACGAACAUGGCUGUACCAGUGCAGAAUAAAGGUCCAGCUUUAGGACAACCAGACACAGGGACAGCAUUGACUGGCAUUAGUCCACUCAUUCAGAAUAAGAUUAUAGGGCCUACUCCAGUGCGUUCCACCAGAAAACGUCAAACCCAAAGAAGAAAAAAUGUAAUCAAGAAUCGAAAAACUUGUAAUGGAGUGCAUGGUGGUUUACUUGGGAGUUCAUUACUUGAAGUGCAGCCUUUGGUAACUUCUGAACAAGCUGCCGAAUCAGCAUUCCUUUUAGACAGGCCUUCUGAAAGUUGCAAAAAACCAGCAGGAUCAGAACACCUUGUGGACAAAUCUUCGAAGGAAUUCACAAACGGUGCAAAACAAACAGCCACACUUUCAUCUAGCAGAAAAGAUGUCCUUAAAUGUAGAAUUUGUGGUAUACAGUUAACUGAUCUGCGCAGCCUCAAGAUGCAUGAGUAUGAUCACGUCAAGAAGACAGCUUAUGCGUGUCAACAUUGUGGUAUUAGAUUUUCUGCGAAGACCUAUCUUACUGAUCAUGAGUUGAAAAAUCAUUCUGGAGAAAAGCCAUUCAAAUGCAAAUACUGUGUGAAAAGGUUUUCCCGGAAGCCCAGGCUUCUACUACAUGAAAAAUCCCAUACUGGUAAAGAGGCAUUCAAAUGUCAGUAUUGUGAAAUGUGUUUUGAUUGUGAUAGUUCUCUUGCAGGUCAUGAGUGUAUUCACUCUGGUGAACAAGGUUGCAGGUGCAAAUAUUGUGAACGUACAUUUUCUAAGCCGUCUGAUGUUACAAAUCAUGAGCAGACGCAUGUUGGUGAAAAACCAUUUGGGUGUAAAUAUUGUGAGAAGAGAUUUGUGCACAGAUCUGCCCAAAGAAAGCAUGAGCGUUUUCAUGGUGAAAAGGCAUUUCAUUGUAACUAUUGUGACAAAACGUUUUAUCAGAAAUCAGAUUGUGCCAAACAUGAGGGGGUACACACACAAAAUACUGUGGGAAGAUCAUACGCGUGUAAAUAUUGCGAGAACUGUUUUAAACACAAGAUCCAGCUUACCAAACAUGAGCGAGCGAUGCAUGCUGAAUUCAUGCUUUUCAAGUGUAAAACCUGUGGGAAAGAAUUUUCCCAAAAAAAGCACCUUGCCUGUCAUGAAUAUAUUCAUUUAGAUGAAAAACCACUGAAGUGUCAGUAUUGUGAUAGGCGGUUUAUUCUAGUACGUGAUCUUACAAUACAUGAGAACAUUCAUGUUGGUAAAAAAGCAUUUAAGUGUGAAUUUUGUGACGAGAGGUUCUUUCGGCCGUCCGAGGUUACAACACAUGAACGCAUCCAUACUGGUGAAAAGCCAUUUAAGUGUAAAUUUUGUGAAACGACAUUUGCUUUGAAAACUGACCGCAGAGAACAUGAAGGUAUUCAUAAAGGUAUUCAUAUUAAUAGGCCAUUCCAGUGUACGUCUUGUGAAAAGAGUUAUGCAAGGAAGUCGCACCUCAAGGUUCAUGAGCGUAGUCACACUGGUGAAAAACCUUUUAUCUGUACAUAUUGUGGGAAAGGGUUUUCUUCCAGGACAAAUCUUAGACAGCAUGAAUACACUCACGCUGCUGCAAAACCUUUCAAAUGCAAGUAUUGUGAGAAAUCUUAUGGCCAGAAGGGCCUCCUUUCUGUACAUGAGCGGACUCACACGGGUGUUAAGCCAUUCAUUUGUCAGUCAUGUGGGAAAGGGUUUUUCACCAAAGCGAAUCUGUUGAGACACGAGUAUAAUCACACUGGCGAAAAACGGUACAAGUGCAAAUAUCUGUCCUGUGGAAAGCCGUUUUCUGAAAAGCAUGAUCUGAUGAGACAUGAAUACAUUCACACUGGGGAAAGUCCUUUCAAAUGUAAAUAUUGUGGCAAAGGGUUUUCGCGGCAAACUGAUGUUCCUAAGCAUGAGCGUAUUCAUACUGGUGAAAGGCCAUUCAAGUGUGAAUAUUGUGCAAAAAGUUACCCCCUAAAAAACCAGCUUACUGUUCAUGAAUUCUCCCACACUGGUGUAAGACCGUACAGGUGUAAAGAUUGCGGGAAAGGGUUUUCCUACAAGAGCUCUCUUGCAAGUCAUAAAAUUAUUCACAGCGGUGAAAGACCAUUUCAGUGUCAAGACUGUAAGAAACAGUUUAUGAGGAAGACUGAUCUCACUAAACAUGAGAAAAUUCAUCUUAUUGGGAAAUGAACGUUUUUGUUGUGAAAGUCCGUCCUUGCUUGACCGGUAUCUAAUUUACCAUGGUCUAAAAUGACCAUUGCCUAAAUUACUGUUGUCUAAUUUACCAUGGUCUAAAAUGACCAUUGCCUAGAUUACCGUUGUUUAAUUUACUUUGUCUAAAUUACCGUUGUCUAAUUGACUGGUGUCUGACUAUACCUGGAUAUGUGGCUCCUU